AUGCAUCAAUUGGAGAAGCGAGGGCGAGCUCCCCAUCCACCGUGGAAAAUUAAUGGUUUUCGAGAAGCGGUUGCCGACUGUGGGCUGGAGUACUUCCCGUUCAGUGGUCACCAGUUUACUUGGGUACGUUCUCGUGGUAUGAGUAAUAUGGUUGAGGAGAAGCUAGACAGGAUUCUAGUGACGGAAAAUUGGCUAUCUAUGUUCGAGGGGGCUACUGCAUGCUCUUUGGUAAGUCCUUACAGUGAUCAUCUACCCUUGUUGGUAACCCCGAUUUUUACUGUGCAUUCUGGUCGUAGAAAGCGUUUUUUGUUUGACAAUAUGUGGUUGCGGGAGGAUAAAUGCCGGGAGAUAGUUGCACAUACAUGGGAUAGAACGGUGGGGUUUGAUGUGUUAGCACAAAUUGAGUCCUGCAGCCGAGAUAUAUGGCGUUGGGGGAAGGUGUAUAACAGAGAGUUUGCCCGGAAAAUUGAAGUUUGUAAGAGCAGGAUGGAUCUUUUGAGGAUCCGCCGAGAUGAGGAUAGCAUGGUGGAGUAUGGUAAUACUGAACAUGAACUAUUGUAUCUGCUAGAGCAGCAUCAUCAAUAUUGGAAGCAACGGGCGAAGGAGCACUGGGAGGAUCAAGUCAGUCAGGUUAUGAUGAGUUAUUUCCAGGAUCUGUUCGCUACAGACCAGGGAGAUAUGACAGACGUGCUAGAAUAUGUGGCAGCUAGGAUCACUUAG